UUUCUGCUAAAUCUGGAGUAUUUGUAUCUUUGUAUUCUUAUAUUUCAGAUGAAUCAGAAAAAUGUGGAUUUGCAACAGCUGCAGGAAACCUGUGUUCUUCGCUGAACGACGUCAAUCCCUGGGAUAUGAUUGGCAUCCUUACUGCUUGAAGUGCCAGGAGUGCGGAAAAGUGCUGAACCCUGGACAGCAUGCCGAGCAUAAAUCGGCACCUUACUGCCAUAUUCCCUGCUACGCUGCCCUUUUCGGACCUCAGCUGUUUGGACACGGGUCAACCACUGAAUCUCAUAGGAGUUUUGGACAGCGCUCCAAGAGUUUCAUUAGACUUGAGACAGAGCUUAGCAACAAGGUUAAAGAGUACAACAGAUUUUAUCAUUCCACUCCUCGGUGCCAUCUGUCAUCAAGAGAGGUUAAUCAGAGACUUCUCUUAGAGGGAGUUCUCAAGGUAUUCUGGGGGACUGAGUACAGCAUCAGACUCAAGGAGUACGGGGAUAACAGGGUUAUCAACAGACACAAGAAAGCACUUUCAUUAGGUUUUGAGUUUGAAAACAUAAAAGUUGAGGAUGAAGUCUCGGAGGACGAAUGUUUUCCAUCCUUUGGUGAAUGCUCCAUCAAUCUGCCCCCGGGGGAUUUAUCUCUCGGAUUCCCUCCGGGGGAACUCAACUCGGAAACAGGGAACUCGGAUCUUCAAAAAUGGGAGACACUAAGUAGACUAGAUACAGAAUGCAACGGUGAAAUGAAUCUGCAAUUACUAGAAUCUCUUAUAGAAGAUAAUCCAAUAAAACAAUCAUCCAGGACUAACUUACUUCGGAGUCAAUCCAUGAGUGUGAAAACUGUUAAACCUAAAGCUAGGAACAAGCUAGUGGAUUAUGAUGAAACCAAGAAUAUUAAUGAGAUUAGCGAGAUCUAUGAGACUGAGGACGGAGAGACUGACUGUGAUAUUAUUAAUUCUGAAAUCAGUGAAUUGAAUGGAAAUCUGCCAAACUUCGGAGAUACCUGUACACAAGAUCUUGGGAGUGAAACUGCCACAUCAAAAGCCAUUAAUCUUGAGUCUGGUGUACUUGACAUAACUAAUGAUAAAUCUAGAAAUAUGAAAAUUCAUGACCUUGAGGGGGAAACGCUGGAUCUUGAUAACUCUGUUUUUUUUGAGAGCCAAGAUAUUCUUCAGAAUUCCAACACUCUUCAAGGCAUAGAUGUGGUUGAUCAAGCAGAUCCUCUUGAUAACAUCGAUGUGCUUAGUAAUUCAAAUGUUCUUGAUAAAUCUGAUGCUUUUGAGAUAUCUGAGGUUAAUGACAACUUGAAGGACACUGAAGACUUGAAAUCUAAUAAUGAUGGUCUGGACAAUUCUAACGUUCUUGAUUCCUCUGAAAAUUUGCCCAACAUUAAAACUUUUGAAAGCUCUGAAGAUGUGAAUAAUUUUGAGAACAAGGAAAAUUUAGAGAAUAGUAAAAGAUCUAAGAUGGCCUUCAAGAUGGGUUUCUACACAUCGAGAUGUAAUUCUUCCAUGGAGAAAUGCUUAAAGGACUCCAGUUCAGCUGAUGUCAAACCACUAGGGAGUUUACCUCAGAGCAACAGGUCUAAAGGAAGGAAGACUGAAGAAGAGGAGAAGAAAUCUAAAGGCCCACGGGCACUAAGAAGAAGAGGAAAGAAAAUGACAAGAUUAAGAAGAAGAAGUAGUAUAAAUGGCCACUGGUAUGAUAGAGAAACUUCAGUGUUUACUCCUCCAAAACACUCAGCAAUGUCAGUUUGGACAACCAGCUUGCAGUCAACACAAGAGGUUUUAUCCUCCCUUCUGAGCAAGUACAAGAUAGAUUCUGAGGCUGGUAGUUUUGGCCUCUAUGUGGUAAAGGAGUCUGGGGAGACGAGGCUGAUUACAGAUACAGAGUAUCCUUUACUUAUCAGGGUUAAUCUUGGUCCACAUGAGGACAUUGCUAAGAUCUAUUUGAUGAAUAAAGAAAACACCAACGAAAUCAGUCACAAAGUUGCUCAGUACCUUCGGUUCUCAUAUGCAGAACUGCGGUCUUUCCUUAGCAUGUUCUAUGAAGAGGAAGAGAGAGAAGCAGAUAGAAUUAGGUAA